GGGCAGCCCCGCCAUCCGCCCGCGCUCCGUUGGGCGCGCUGCCAGGGCUGGGGAGGGGCAGCAUGGAGGGCGGGGGCCGGGCGCAGAGCAGGGCUGGGCUGUGCCUCGCCGGCCGCUCACGCAGAUCCCGGGCCGUGGCCAGCGGAGGAGCAGAGCGCUUGCCCCGGGUGACUGUCGCGUCGCGGCGCCGCCAGAGCCUUGGCCAUGAGGACGCUGUGGAUGGCGCUGUGCGCGCUGGCGCGGCUGUGGCCCGGGGCCCAGGCCGGCUGCGCUGAGGCCGGGCGCUGCUGCCCUGGCCGGGACCCCGCCUGCUUCGCCCGCGGCUGGAGGCUGGACAGGGUCUACGGGACGUGCUUCUGCGACCAAGCCUGUCGCCUCACCGGGGACUGCUGCUUCGACUACGACAGGGCGUGCCCAGCUCGCCCGUGCUUCGUGGGGGAAUGGAGCCCCUGGAGUGGUUGUGCAGGCCAGUGCAAGCCUACAACCCGUGUGCGGCGGCGCUCGGUGCAGCAGGAGCCUCAGAACGGCGGGGCGCCCUGUCCACCCCUGGAAGAAAGAGCCGGCUGCCUGGAGUACUCCACCCCGCAGGGCCAGGACUGCGGGAACUCCUAUGUUCCUGCUUUUAUAACUACCUCUGCAUUCAACAAGGAGAGAACACGACAAGCUGUGUCUCCACGCUGGUCUACACACACAGAGGAUGCUGGAUACUGUAUGGAGUUUAAGACAGAGUCCUUGACCCCUCAUUGUGCUCUGGAAAACCGGCCCCUGACUAGAUGGAUGCAGUAUCUCCGAGAGGGAUACACGGUGUGUGUGGACUGUCAGCCUCCAGCUAUGAACUCUGUGAGCCUCCGUUGUUCUGGAGAUGGCCUCGACUCUGAUGGAAAUCAGACUCUCCAUUGGCAAGCAAUUGGUAAUCCUCGAUGUCAAGGAACUUGGAAAAAAGUUCGGCGAGUAGACCAGUGUUCUUGUCCAGCUGUUCACAGUUUUAUUUUUAUAUAGAUGGUGAUGUAAAUAUUUCCAAAUGCAUUUGUAAACGUGCUAAAUAAUCUCAAGUCAUGUUCAAUGCUUCCUAAACCUUCAAUUUUGGCCAAAGUCCCUGAACACAUCAUUGCCACACUCCUAAGCAGAGAAAGAAAAUUUAGGGGCCAGUUCUCAGGGAACACAGGUCCUUUAUUUUUAUUUUAACUAAGUUGGAAGACUCAUUCAAAAAGCUCCUGUGGUUUUAUGUUCUUGACCUUUCAUCUGGAGUCCUCUGAUUCAGCAUGUGGCCGAUGAGACAAAGAAUACAUGUCUGUUUGCUAAAGUAAAAUUACUGCAACUCAGUCCAAUUAUUAGUGAUGGAAGUGUCAUCUAAGGGGAGCUAUGUUUUGAAUCUUGCAGUCUUUCUUUUUAUUUUAUAAUCUUUUAAAAGCUUCUCACUUAAAAAAAGUAUACAGAUAUGAACACUCUGACACAUAUUUCCAUACAUUUACUAUUCCAUAAAUUCUGCAAUAAUUUCAAGUAAAUUAUCACAAAUGAUUUUUCCACAGGACAAAUUAUUUAAAAUUUUAGUAAGCAUCCUGUAAUGAAAAACCAACUAUACUAAAAACAUUUUUUGAAGAAGAAUUUUUUUUUUCAGUUAAGCGAAAGGAUCAAAUGCUUAUUCUAGGUCAAGGAGUUCUUUUAAAUGUUAUAAUUUUCAUGAAGAGAAAUGUUGGCACCAAUGAAUGAAACAAUUGCUUUCAUUUCAAAAAUUCGACGACCAUUUGCAUCUAAGAUUAUUUCCAAGGCUUAAAACCUUAAGCUGAAUAACAUAAUCUUUCAGAGUCUAACUCCAAGUUUAGUUGACUUAAGCUCACUAUUUGUUUCCUAUCACAUUCAUUUUCUAAUGUUUGGGGUGGAUGGAAUGUGGAUUAUGGAAGGCAUAGACUUCAUUACAGAUGCUAUGAUCUCACACACACAAGUAAAUAUUAGUCUCCCUAUUUUAUGACUGGAAAAUCAAUGAACUAGAGGCAAAAUGGCAUGUUUAGGACCUGAGGUGACAAGCCAUUCUGUAGUCAGCCACAGAGCCAAAUUUGGACUUCUCAUCCAGGACUCCAUGAAAAGCCUGAUUUUGCCAAACACUGUGUUGGAAAAGCUAAGCCCCUUUCAUUUUUGAAGUAAAUUUUAAAUUCAGGAUAUUUAGAGAAUUCAGUCUUGAGAUGCAAACUAUAUGAAAUGCCUUUGGUUUCAAUUAAAUAAUAUUUACUAACAAAAUGAUUUACUAAAAUACGUAUUUCUUGGUCCUUAUCAUGUAAUGACAGAUUGACAACAGCAAUAGGGAUGGGAAUUUCCCCAAUAAUUAAUAACACCAAGAGUAGCAAUAUUUCUGACUAUAUUUUCAUUUAAUUGUCAAAGUUAUUUUUGUGGAAAGUUAAAUUAUUCAGAAAUUAAUAAUAAAAUAUGUGAGUCUCAUC